CAGAUAGAUAAGGGUAGAAACCUCUCAGUCUCUGAACACAUGCCACCCAAAAACGUCUUUCUCUCUUUUCUUUGUCUCUCCAUCUGAAUCUUCCCAUUUUUCAAAGUCAUCUUCUUUUAAUUUCAUAAAUGCUGUUUGAUUUGGAGAACUUGCUUCUAGACAAAGUAAGAACAGAUUUUUUUAGGAGAAUCGGAUGAGUGUACGCAUGCCUGUAUGCACACACACACACUCGAGUAGUGAAUCGAGUGGAAUACCUUUGAAGAUGAAGAUUAAGAGUCUCAAGAAAAGAAAAGAGUUCAUUCCAGAGGAUGCUUCACAGAACAGUUGGGCAUCUGCAGAGUUUGAUCUAGCUCAGAUCAGGUUAAUAGUGUAUCAAGACUGUGAGAGAAGAGGACGGCAGGUUCUCUUUGACUCCAAAGCAAUACAUAAACUGGACGCAUCCGAGCCGACUGCUGAUGAAAACAAAACUCCCCCCAAUCGGAGUGAUGCUUGCCAUAUCGGAGGCCAAGCAAAUGAGAAAGACAAGCCUCCUACAUAUCAGUAUACCAGACCAGCUUCAGACGUGAAUAUGCUUGGAGAGAUGAUGUUUGGCUCAGUUUCCAUGAGCUAUAAGGGUUCAACUCUUAAAAUUCACCACAUUCGGUCUCCACCACAGCUGAUGGUCAGUAAGGUUUUUUCGACCCGGUUUGGAAGCAGCACCUCUGGAAGUACAAAUACGCUGCAAGACAGUUUUGAGUCAAUGAGCCAAACUUUUCACACCAGCAGCAUAGGAGUUUGCCGUGUACCUAGUGCUCCUCUGCUCCGCCUGGCUCGGAGCGCAUCUUUCUUUGCAGCCCACAGUAAUCCAGUGGACAUGCCUAGCAGAGGACACAGUGAGGAUGGAGACAGUGGCAUUGCUCGAUCAGCAUCUCUGAGCAGUUUAUUGGCCACUCCCCUCCCCUCACCUGGCUCCUCCUUCAGCAGUGGCUGUGCCAGCAGUUACCAGCGGCGAUGGCUCCGUAGCCAGGCCACCAGUCUUCAACAUGGCCCCAUGCCUCGCUGGAGCACUGAAGAAAUGUUCAACCUGUCUGACGAGAGCUGCAGCUCCAACCCUGCGGUGAUCCGGAGGAAGAAGAUUGCCAUCAGCAUCAUUAUAAGCCUGCCAGAGAGAGAGGAGGAAAACCACAAUUUUCAGGAGUUUUUCUUCUCCCACUUUCCUUUGUUUGAGUCUCACAUGAACAAACUCAAGACUGCCAUCGAGAGGGCAAUGAUUCUGUGCAGAAGGAUAGCUGAGUCCAGUCAGCGAGUGCAGGUCUAUCUGUGUCGAGUGAUGGAAGCACUGGGAGAAUUCAGGAUGACUGUGUGGAACCUGUACAUGGCUCCCCGCAUCAGCGAGCCAGUCUGGCUUUCCAUGAUAUCCCAAAGUACCGAGCGAAACCUACUGUGUCAUCGCUUUCUGAAGGAGAUGAGUUUUCUGAUGGAACACGGAGCCAAGAGCCAGUUUCUCUCAGCUCUCCUUACUGCUGUUCUUACGCGUCACUUAGCCUGGGUUCCCACGGUGAUGCCAAGCAGCUUGCCGCCAAUCACACCUGCCGGCCAGAAACCUGCCUCACAGUCAGUUGAUCUGUUGGCAAAAUCUCACCCAUACAACCCACUGUGGGCUCAAUUAGGUGAUCUGUAUGGUGCAUUGGGCUCUCCAGUGAGAGUGUGUCGAACGGUGGUCGUGGGACGCAGGAGGGAGCUGGUACAGCGAGUUUUGUAUGUUCUGUCCUACUUCAUUCGCUGCUCAGACCUGCAGGAGCAUGUACAACCUCAAGGACAGAUGAACGAUCCGGCCAAUCCCUGCACCUCUCAAACCACUGAUCCCACCUCUGGAAGUGAAAGGAUCAAUGAAAAAACAGACCCCUUAAAGCCCUCUCUUAGUGUUAUUGGAACCAGUGAAAAAGCACUGAACUCUGGCUUGGGCGAUGCCAUUCCAGGCACCUUUGUAGGACAAAAUGAUGAAACUCUUUUGACUGAUACAAAAUCAACUAAUCCAUCCCCCAGUAUGGAAUCGACCACUGUCAGGCCUGAAUGUACAGAAAUGGGACAGGAAUGUUUUGGAGAAGACAGUGACUCUGUUGGGGGUGGAUUAGAGCACAUUUUGGCCAAUCAGAGUCCUCUUCUGCAUAGGGUGCAGUUUCACAUUGGCAGCCCCAGGGAGGCAGAUAAUGACGGACAAGCAAGCGGUCUUACUGGGGUGGGGUGUGGGCGAGGAUUGGACAGGAAGUUGCAUCAAAGGAUUUUGAGUGACAUACAAAGGAACGAGAGCUCAGAUAGUGCUCUAGGUGACAGUGAUGAUGAGGAAACAUCACCGCAAGAACUGUUCGUGGCUACAGAACAAAAGGAGUGCGAGUUACCACUGCCAAAUUAUCAGGUAGAGAGUCGAGCCAGUGUUAAUCAUUUUGGGCAUUCUUUGCUGGGUGGUUACUGUCCUCAGUACAUGCCUGACUUUGCCUUGCAUGGCAUCAGUUCCGAUCUCAGGCUCAAACAGUGCCUUAUGGCUGACCUGGAACACACUGUUCUUCAUCCGGCGCUGGAUGAACCCGUGGCCGAGGCUUUGUGCAUUGUGGCAGAUACAGACCGACUGAGUGUGCAGGUGGUGACGAGUCAAAGGCGCGUGUGUGAAGGCGGGCGGAUGGGCAGGGACGUGAUGGUGUCCAACCUCAUACACACUCUCAUCACAUCAGUUCUGCAGCUAUAUGCGCUCAACAUCGCAACCGAUUUUUGUGUGAUGCAUCUGGAGGACCGGUUACAGGAGGUGUAUUUUAAGAGUCGAUCCUUAGCAGAAUAUCUGAGAGGUCAAACCAGGGUCCAUGUAAAAGAACUGGGGCUGGCACUGGGAAUUGAGUCCAGUGACAUUCCAUUGCUUGCAGCAGUGGCCAGCACACACUCGCCCUACGUGGCUCAGAUCCUCCUUUAAAUAGACCAAGCUAGAUUUAUUUCACAAAAAGGACCAAUCAGAAUGUGUUCCUGUUCUGCAUGGACCAGUAAGGAUCUGAUCAUUAUCAGAUGACCACACCAAUCAAGAUGCACUGUGCUCGACAACCAUUCGGAGCCUACACCCAGCCUUAAAAUACCAAUCAGAAUGCCUUGUUUGUCCAGCUGACAGUCUGUGUAUGUACGUACGUACGAGUGUGCAUCUAACUAACUAUCUAUAGACUGAAACGGGCACCACACAGGGACAAUUGUUAAUGCUCUCCAUUUUUUUUAUCUGGUGUCUUUUUAAGUCUUAUAUGAAAGGAAAGGAGACCGCAAAGAUUAUAUAUGGAAAACAUCUCUAAGAGCAAGAAUAUGGACAAGCAUCAAUACAUUUGAUCCUUCCGUACUAUGAUUGCUACCGCUACAGUAUAUCGGAAUGCACAAUAGUGUAUUUAGGGGUAGUCCUCUC